AAAGCAAGCACGGCACGGCACACGAUCAGGAAAUCACUAAUUCCUUUUUAUAAAUAAAUUAAACUAUGGCCGAAUUGCUUUUAGAUCCAAAUAUAAGGGGUUGGGUUUUUCUCCCCAUUGUUAUCAUCACUUUCCUCGUUGGUAUUGUGAGACAUUAUGUUUCGAUUAUUCUAUCUUCCCAAAAGAAAAUUGAACUUUUGCAAGUUCAAGACAGUCAAGUGAUGAUAAGAGCUCGCUUGCUACGUGAAAAUGGCAAGUACUUGCCCCGACAGUCCUUUGCUAUGAGGAGGCAUUGGUUCAACAAUGAGGAAACUGGUUACUUCAAAGUUCAAAAAAGAGCUGCCACCUCCCAGAAUCCCAUGACAGAUCCAGGCAUGAUGACUGAUAUGUUGAAAGGAAAUGUCACCAAUGUUUUGCCCAUGAUAGUUAUUGGUGGCUGGAUCAACUGGAUGUUCAGUGGUUUCCUAACAACUAAAGUGCCAUUCCCACUGACACUGCGCUUCAAGCCUAUGCUUCAGAGAGGAGUGGAGUUGGCAUACCUGGAUGCGUCAUGGGUUUCCUCAGCCUCGUGGUACUUCCUCAAUGUGUUUGGUCUUAGGACAAUUUAUGCACUAGUUCUAGGAGAGAACAAUGCUGCUGACCAGUCAAAAAUAAUGCAAGAACAGAUGUCGGGUGCUGCUAUGGCGAUGCCUCCGGACCCAAAAGCGGCUUUCAAGGCAGAGUGGGAGGCCCUCGAGAUCACAGAACACAAGUGGGCACUAGCCAAUAUUGAGAAUGACCUUCUAGCUACUUUCGUUGAGAAGGAGAAGACUCAUUGAACUCUUUAGUCUCGAAAUAUGUGACGGCUGUUGGUACGCGUAUUUCCAUUCCAACCUUUGUUGUCUACCACUUAUUGCAUUCAAGUCACCAUCUAGUGGGAUCCUCUAAAAUGAACUAACAAAAUAAUAGAUAUCAUAAGCCUAUCUGAGAUCUUGAUAAAUUAUUGGAACUAGAGAAGAUCUAAGUGAUGAACUGAAUGAAUAGUAGCUACCAACAGCCUGACACCAUACUGUAGUCAAUGAUUUUUAUGUAUCAAAUGUUUAAGUAUUUAUGUAUUGUGGUGAUAA